UCGGUUUUGCUGCUAGUUUGUGAUAAAUGAUGUCGUCCUUCGGAAGGAUACCUGCCUCCACGGUGGCGUUAGUGCUUGCAUUGAUCUGUCUUUGUACGCGCGACACGGUUAAUGCGAUAGACUGUUACAGCUGUGAAGGUGAAAACUGUGUCCGUGUGGCCACGGCGGGCAUUACGAUCACCUGUGCGAAUUCGAAUGAUCGCUGCUUUUCCAGAUUUGACCAAACCACCCUGUUGCCCACACAACGGGGCUGUCUCACGCAGUCCGAAGUGUCCACGUGUACUGGAAACGACUGUGUCUAUUGCAACACGGCGGACCUGUGCAAUGAGGCUGGCAGCCCAAGGCAUCAGUGUGCCGUGUGCUCUUCCCUUGUGGAUGCAAAUUGUCUUUCCAACCCGGGCUCGCUGACUGCCGUACAGUGUCCCGGUCCAUCUAACGUCGACCUAACGGCGGCACAGUGCUACAGUCGAGUGAUCGGUAGCGUUACCGAAAGGGGCUGUAUUACAGCUCAAGCUGAUGUGGACGGCUGCACCGGUUUGGAUUGUGCCACUUGCACUGGAAGCGGAUGCAAUCGGGACGAGUUCCCCGCCAACAGGAUCCAAUGCGUUCAGUGUGAUAACGCAGCUACCUGCAAUACGGAUGCAACCUCCGCGGUCUAUUGUGAGGACGUAGAGGAUGUGUGUGUCACCAUGCGCAGAGCAAACGGCAACGUCAUGAAAUCGUGCAAAAAGACAAUGUUGGCCGCAGACGAGGCUUUCUGUUUGGGCAAUGCGACCCGGUGCAACUACUGUGGAAAGAAGCUCUGCAACGGUGCAUCGUUUAACACGAAUGCCGUCACCAAAAGUUGCUAUCAGUGCGAAGGCUCCGACUGUCUGAAGUCGAGUGUGCAUCUUGUAAGCUGCGAGCUCACGGAUGAGGACUGCUACAGCAUGUUUACCGGAUUUAAUCCAUCACGUCGUGGUUGUAUGCAGGAACUUUCCAGUGCAGAGAAAGCUGCCUGCAUUGCGCCGGAGUGCGAUGUGUGCGGCGAGUCGGAAUGCAAUUUACAGUCUCGAUCCGAUCAUCGCUGUGGGUACUGUUCCACCGUACAGGAUUCGAACUGCAUUGCUCCUGCCAGUGGAGCUCUUACCGUUGUACAAUGUCCAGCACCAUCAACAGACGUUUCUGAUGCCCAGUGCUACAUCAAAAUUGUACGUGCAAAUCAGGCACUGUCCUUGGGGGUGGAAAGAUUUAAGUCCUUUGCUUUUCUACCCGCUCAGGUUGGUGGAUCAGUUACAGAGCGAGGUUGCAUUAGUGCCUCAUCUGAUCUGCUUGGCUGCGAUGCAGACGGUCUCAACUGUGCGACCUGUAACAUCGAGAAUGAUGGCGAGGCUUGCAAUAGUGGCCUUUUCCCAUCCAAUCGUCGGCGCUGUACGAUUGGUACGACUGCCGACGCCUACUGUCCCAAUCCGUGGGAUGAUUGCGUGCAGCUUCUACAGGAUGGAACCCGUAAACGCACUUGCCGAUCAUCUUUGAGCGAACUAGAACGCAGCUUCUGUACGAACAACACAAACCGUUGCCACUUCUGUUCCAUCGACAAUUGUAACGCGGCGGAAAUUAGCUUCAACUACGUCGAGUGUCUCACAUGUGACUCAGCGACAGACGUCCGAUGCGCAACCAAUCCUGCUGCGUUGAAUACGUUCGAACAAUGUGCCAGCUGUGCUACGGCCCUUAUAACAAGCGGUGGAACCACUACUACUCGCCGCGGAUGCCUUGCCAAUCUUCCGGCAGAUGUGUCGAGUCAGUGCGGCGCUACAGCCGGUAGCUCCUGUCAACAAUGUUCGACCAACCGGUGCAAUGUGGGAAAUUUCCCUUCGGAUCGAUUGCAAUGCUACCAGUGCCAGGAUGCACCAUGCGUGUCGCAUCAAAGCGUGCAGCUCGAGUAUUGUCCAGUGUACCGUGCCGAUGACAGAUGCCUGCUGGAAUCGGACUCCGCUGGUCAGCUGCUUCGAUUAGAUUGUCGCAGCUCGCUAACGGAGGCUGAAUUAUCCGCUUGUUCGGGCCGGUGUCAAAUGUGCAGCACGUCGGGCUGUAAUGAUCCGAUGGCCUAUAGCACUUCCGGAAGCUGCGUACAGUGCCGCAGUUCGUUAAACGCACUUUGUCGCAGCGAAGCAACGCAAAUUGCCUCGGAACCCUGCAACGAUCCCGCCAACACCCAAUGCUAUAGCCGGCUCGUCGAUGGUGUAACUGAGCGAGGUUGCAUGCACGAUCUAGACGCAGCUGAGUACAGUGCGUGCACGCGUGGUGAGAACUGUCUCGUGUGUAAUUCGCGCACGUACAACUGUAACACGGUGCAGUAUCCGGUGGCACCGCUCACCUGCUUCCAGUGCGAUUCACGCACGGACGGCGAAAGCUGUAAGGCCGCCCAAACAGGCACAGCGUCCGAAUGUCCGACGUACGACACCGCCAACAAGUGCUACACGAUCGUACAGUCGAACGGAGACACUGUGCGGAAGUGUUCGACCUUAGCACGCGAGGCAGAGUGUGGCACGGCUAGUGGCUGUGAGCUUUGUCUCUUCCGUGGAUGCAACACUAAGGAAAACUCGGCCGUCACCUAUAUAGAGUCACCCGUACGAACGACAACACCGGGGCCCACUAACGGCGCAAUCACUACAGUUGGUAGCUACACUGUUAAAAUUACGUUGUUGCUAGGAAUGUGGCUCAUUGGGGCCCAUUAGUAUGUUAGUAUAUAGUAGCUCAUAGAAAGAUGUUGAUAAACGUUCAAUAAAUGAUAGUAAAUUUUACAUA